AGCACAACCCAUCCAUCCCAUCCUUUUAGGAGGUCAGUAGCUCACAACACUGCAGUCUGCAACUUACUUGCUAGUGAGAUCAUAUCAUGGCUUCUGCAUCUGGUAGUGAGUUCAAGCAUUUGGUGCUGGUGAAGUUCAAGGAUGGCGUUCAAGUGGAAGAGGUGUUGAAAGGAAUGGAGAAGCUUGUUUCGGAAAUGGACACCAUCAACUCCUUCUUCUGGGGUGAGGACAUUGAGAGCCAGGAAAUGCUGAGACAGGGAUUCACGCAUGCUUUCCUCAUGACAUUCAGCUCCAAGGACGACUUCUCUUCCUUCCUCGCCCAUCCAAGUCAUCUCCAAUUCUCAUCCUCUUUCUCCGCCGCCAUUGACAAGGCUCUCCUCCUCGAUUUCCCUGCUGUCACCGUCAAACCGCCGCCGCCGGCUUAAUUCCUUCUUACAUUGUUAUUACCGCUACUGCUAUUACAGAGCUGCGCGCACGCAAUAAUAAUUCUUAGUAUUUUAUAUUUAUAUAUAUAUAUAUAUACACUCGCUUUGCUUUGCUUUUUUUGUGUUUUUUUCCUUUCCGUUUUGUGUGAUCGAGAACUGUCUGUGCGUUUCUGAUUAAUAUGUCAAAAUCUGCUUUAAUUCUGUU